AGGUUGUUGGUUUCGCUAGGUGGCGGUGCGCGGUGUUUUUGUGUUGAGCACCGCCGUAUGUGAACAGUAGAAGAAGCCAAGAUGGCAGCCGUCAAGAAGGGAACUGUUGCCGUUGAAGAUGUGCAUGUCACGUUUGAAGACCAGCAGAAGAUCAAUAAAUUCGCCAGGAACACGAGUCGGAUGACGGAGCUCAAAAAUGAGAUAGAGGAAAAGAAAAAAACGCUGCAGGACCUACAGGAUGCCAGUGACGACCUGAUGAUGUUAGACGACGAUUCGCUAUUGAUCCCUUAUCAAAUUGGUGAUGUGUUUUUGAGUCACACCCAGGAAGAAACACAAGAGAUGCUGGAGGCUGCAAAGGAAGCGCUGGAGCGGGAGGUCAGAGGCCUUGAGGAACGUGUGUCAGCGAUACAGCAAGUUUUGAGUGAUCUGAAGGUGCAGCUCUACGCCAAGUUUGGUAACAACAUUAACCUGGAGGCCAACGAAAGCUGAGCAGCAAAAAUGGACUUUGACAGCUGCCCCAACACGGACAUUUACACGCAGCUCUGGUGUCAGAUCCACAGUAUGAUUGCCAAACAAAACACCAACGCGAAUGGCUUAAGUUUGUGGCCUCUGUUUUUUGAUUUACGUGUCUGCAGUCAAGUUUCGGUAAACAAAUUCACGAGGACGAGACGUGGGGGUUAAAUAAAUGCACAUCAUUUCUCAUGUAUUUUAAGUGGUCCCUCAUUUAAUAUUCAUGUUUUUGUUGAUCGACGUGAAGUAAAAAAAAAAAGAAAACCAAAUGACUGUGUGGUAUUUACACUUGUAGCAAAUUAAACCGUUUGAAACACUG